GAUACACAUACACUUCCGCCCCGAUAGCAAACUGUUCCGAGUCAAAGGUCGAAGUGACAGCAAGCUGAAGUGAUGAUAAUCGAAGAUGGGAAGCGAAACAGACAGAAUGGUUUUGCCUCCAAUGGACGGGGUCGAUCUCCCCCUGUCGCUGCUGCAGAUGGGCUGUUCCGGUGGCUUUGAGCUCAUCUCUCAAGAACAAACCAACUGCCUGCUCCCCCACAGCACUCUGCCCCAAGGUUUGCCGCCCUUUGCCCUGGAUCUGGUCUCGGAGGUGGAGAGGCGCUUCCUGUGUGAUCCGGAAUGGCUUCCCAUCCACAACUUCGAGAAUGCCUUUCAAAAAUUCCAUAAGGUUUUCAAACGCUCGCAGUGUUUUGACUCCCUGCUUCAUGUGGAGCCCAGCCCCGUACAUUCCACACUGAAAGUGGUGAGGAACCCGACGACUGGGGAGCUGCUGGACUUUCAAGAGGAGCUGCUUGAAGACACCGGCCUUUCUUCCAAAAACUCGCUGUCCCUCCAGCGGCCCCCCGGACCCCCCUCUCAGGGGGUGAGAGGCAGCACCACCAACUACCCCUUCUGGCCAGGGGGAAUGGAUGAACCAAAUUUGGACCAAAUUAAAAAGAAAGGACAGCUUGAAGAAGAUAUUGACUUUGAUAAAGAUCUUCUCUCCAUUCCUCCAGGAUUCAAAAAGGGAAUGGAUUUUAGGAAGAAAGACCCCAGUGCACCUCCCUCCUCUCUCAACCUCCUCUCUCUGCUUUCCACUCUUGAUGACAUCAUCGACCUGGGACAGGAGGAGGAAGAGGGAGGGAAGGGGAGAGGAGGGAAGGAGGAACUGUCUGCAGGCAAGACUCUGCCCAGAUCAAAUAGUCUGGAAGAAUUCGGUCUACAGAGCUCUGUUGUCCCCCUGGAGUCUGUCCCGCCCUUCCUUGUCCCCCCAUCUCCUGGGGCGGGUGAGAGGGAGAGAGAGCGCUGGGCAGUGCCGGUGGAUAUCAACUCCCCCUGCACAGACUUCUACAAGAGAAUACCAGAGCCAGCAUUCAAGUGGCCCUUUGAGCUGGAUGUGUUUCAGAAGCAGGCGAUCCUGCACUUGGAGAAUCACGACUCCGUGUUCGUCGCUGCACACACGUCCGCUGGGAAGACCGUGGUUGCAGAGUACGCCAUUGCGCUGUCGCAGAAACACAUGACCAGGACGAUCUACACCUCACCCAUCAAGGCCCUGUCAAAUCAGAAGUUCAGAGACUUUAAGACCACAUUCCAGGAUGUGGGUCUGCUAACUGGAGAUGUGCAACUGAACCCAGAAGCCUCCUGUCUUAUUAUGACCACUGAGAUACUGAGGUCAAUGCUGUACAAUGGCUCUGAUGUUAUCCGAGAUUUGGAGUGGGUGAUAUUUGAUGAGGUGCACUACAUCAAUGAUGCAGAGAGAGGGGUGGUGUGGGAGGAGGUGCUGAUUAUGCUGCCUGAUCAUGUGCGCAUCAUCCUGCUGAGCGCCACUGUGCCAAACACCCUAGAAUUUGCAGACUGGAUUGGGCGUAUCAAACAGAAGCAGAUCUUUGUGAUCAGCACUGUGAAGAGGCCGGUCCCUCUGGAGCACUUCCUCUACACAGGAAACAGCAACAAGACUCAGAACGAGCUCUUCCUGCUGCUCGACGCCAACAACAACUUCCUCACCAAGGGGUACUACGCUGCAGUCGAAGCCAAGAAGGAGCGAACCAGCAAACAUGCCCAGUCAUUCGGUGCCAGACCUGGAGCACACAGCUCUACUAGCAGCCAGGAUCGCUCAGUCUGGCUCUCCCUGCUCCACUCUCUCUCUAAGAAGGACCAGCUGCCCGUGGUUUGCUUCACGUUCUCUCGUUCCCGCUGCGAUGAGAACGCCCGCGGCCUGGCCACGCUCGACCUCACCAGCAGCGCUGAGAAGAGUGAGACCCACGUAUUCUUUCAGAAGUGCAUCACACGACUGAAGGGCUCUGACCGACAGCUACCACAGGUUCUCCAGAUGAGUGAUCUGCUGAAGAGGGGUGUGGGGGUUCAUCACAGCGGGAUCCUGCCCAUUCUCAAAGAGGUGGUGGAGAUGCUGUUCACUCGCGGGCUGGUGAAGGUCCUGUUUGCUACAGAGACGUUUGCCAUGGGGGUGAAUAUGCCUGCCAGGACCGUGGUGUUCGACAGCAUCCGAAAACACGACGGGACUGCCUUCAGAGACCUGCUGCCAGGGGAGUAUAUCCAAAUGGCGGGGCGUGCAGGACGCAGAGGUCUGGACCCCACGGGCACGGUGAUUAUCCUGUGCAAGGGGGGCGUGCACGAGAUGGCAGACCUGCACAAGAUGAUGCUGGGUAAGCCCACUCUGCUCCAGUCUCAGUUCAGGCUGACCUACACCAUGAUACUGAACCUGCUGCGAGUGGAGGCUCUGCGCGUGGAGGACAUGAUGAAACGCAGCUUCUCCGAGUUCCACACACGCAAGGACACCAAGGUCCAUGAGCAGGGCAUCUCCUCCCUGACCCAGUCUCUGUCCAGUCUGCCGGAGGUGGAGAAUGUGGGUCAGCUGAGUGACCUGGUCAGUUACUACGCUGCCGUCCAGGAGCUCACCCACACCAGGGCAGCACUGCAGAAGCGUGUGAUGGAGUCGGUGAAUGGACUGAAGGCUCUGUCAGCAGGGAGGGUGGUGCUGGUCACUAACUCUGUGCACAGCAACGCGCUGGGACUCAUUCUCCAGGUUUCCUCAGAUGCGAUGAGCAGGACGUUCACCACCCUGGUUCUGUGCGAGAGACAGAAAGAGGAGGAAAGGCUGGGGGCACAGAGAGGGGCCGAGACCCCAACCCCAGAGGAGCUGCUGUCAACGAGGGUCUUUCUACCUGACGGACCCUGCAGCCACACAGUGGAGAAGCUGAAAGCGGAAGACAUCUCCAGCAUCACUGUGAAGACCCUGCGGAUCAACGCAGAGCGCAUCAUCGACGACUACAACAAGAGGCAGAUGCCCAGGUUCAAACUGGACCCCCCAGGCCAGGCUGUUACCAAGGCAACGCAGGAGCUGCUGCGAUUGGCCGAGUCGAACCCCGACGGGAUCACGCCCCUCGACCCUGUGAAUGACCUGCAACUGAAGGACCUGGACGUGGUUGAGGGGUCAAUGAGGGUCAGGCACCUGCAAGACACUCUGCUGACCUUCACAUGCGCACACAGCCCCAAGUUCACACAGCAGUAUGCCCGGCUGAAGCAGAGAAUGCUGAUUCAGGACGAACUGGAGCAUCUGCAGUAUUUAAUAUCAGACCAGAGCCUGAGCCUGCUGCCUCAGUACGAGCAGAGAAUCAACGUUCUGAAGACUCUGAAGUACGUCGAUGACUCCUGCACGGUGCAGCUGAAGGGCCGGGUGGCCUGUGAGAUCAGUAAUCAUGAGCUGAUGGUCACAGAGCUGGUGUUUGAGAACGUGCUCAGUGACCUGCCCCCCGAGGAGAUUGCGGCCCUGCUCUCCUGCCUCGUCUUCCAGCAGAAAACACAGGUCACCCCCGAGAUCAACACCUCCCUGCAGCAGGGUGUGCAACGCAUUGUGAGUGUGGCGGAGCGCAUUGCGACCCUACAGAGGGAUUGUGGGAUGAACGAGUCUGUGGAGGACUUCGUGGCGCAGUUCAAAUUCGGGCUGCUGGAGGUGGUGUACUGCUGGGCCCGGGGGCUGCCCUUCUCGGAGAUCGCUCAGCUCACGGAUGUGCAGGAGGGGAUAGUAGUGCGCUGUAUCCAGCGAUUGGAUGAGACGUGCCGUGAUGUGCGGAAUGCUGCGCGCAUCAUCGGUGACCCGGUGCUCUAUGCCAAGAUGGAGCAGGCCUCCAUGAUGAUCAAGAGAGACAUCGUGUUUGCAGCCAGCCUCUACACCCAGUGACUCACAGAUAACAGGACAAUAAAACUGAAAAUGAUACUCUC